ACAGGACCAGCGAUAAUGGUGAAUGCAUAUCCUGGCUUCCUGUAGCCUGUCCCAGCAUACUGAGCUGUUGCAGGGGUCAGGUGGCACUUUGCCCAUUGAAGCCCAGCUGUACUCCAAGGAGGAGCUAGCCUUACCCCUGAGGGUGCUUACAUACCCACUGGCACCUGUGGUCACCCUGGGCCUGACUUUGUCCUCAGUACAUGCACUGUUGGCUGACAGCCCCAGGCUAAAACCACACUGGAUCCUGCAGAGACCAGGCUGCUAUUGUCGAUUCUGCAACAGGAAUUAGGAGACACCACUGAACAACUGGCAGUGCAUUCACCGGGAAGAGAGCUGUGUCCCGUUUCAUUCCGUGAGCCGACAGCGCCCACAGGCACUAGGCAUUCUGACACAGUAUGUUCCUAAGAAGACCGGUCUCAUGACCUCACACAUACUGUCCCAGGUCCCUGUAGAAAGGAAUCUAGCAGAGAGGUCUCCUAAAACACAGGGCUAUCGGGUUGGAGAGAUGGCUCAGAGGUUAAGAGCACUGGCUGCUCUUCCAGAGGGCCUGAGUUCAAUUCCCAGCACCCACAUGGUGGUUCACAACUGUCCAUAGUGAUGAUGCCCUUUUCUGGUGCACAGGCAUAAAUGCUGUAUAAAUAAUAAAUCUUAAAAAACCAACAGGGCCAUCCUAAGCAGCUUCAACCCAUCCACUCUCCUGAAGAAGAGGCCUCUGACGCUGUUGAAGGUCCCUUCGUGGGCAGUCACAUAGUAACAGUGCACCUCUUGGGAGGCAGAGCCAGGCAGAUUUCUGUGAGUUCGAAGCCAGCCUGGGUCUACAGAAUAGCCAGGGUUACACGGAGAAACCUGUCCUGAAAAGCUAAAAAGUAACAAAACCCCACACUGUUGGACCUGAAGGAUGGUGCUGCCUAACAGCUUGACUCCGGUCUCUCCUGCAUGGUCAAGGACAGGACGGGGUACAUACUAAGUUUGAGACCAGCCUGUGUUACAUCAGACUCCCGCCUUCCUCCACCCUGAAAAGACCAGCCUGUGUUACAUCAGACCCCGCCUUCCUCCACCCUGAAAAGCAAAAAAAAGGAAGAAAAAAAGUUGAAGAGUUGGCUUCAUAGUUAAGAGCAGUAGCUGCUCUUCCAGAAGACCAGAGUUUUGUUCAAUGCCUCUGUCCUCUGAGGCCCCUGCGCCUGCAUGCGCCGGCACCCGGACACAUGGACACACCAGCCCUUUUCCACGGAUCCUUGGGAACCUUGACUUUGACCCAGGCCUACAGAGAGAAACUGGCAAGGUUCAGCAUGCAGAUGAGGCCAGGCUUUUCCCUUCUCCCCCACUAGGAAUCCAAAAGCCCGCCCCUCCCGUUAGGCACGUUAUUACGAAAGGACCUGAGCAAACAGGUUUAGGCGGUGGCUUCCAGCUGCAGCUGGCUGGCCACGCUGCUGUGGGCCGAAGGCAAAGCAGACUUCAUGGCAGCAGGGGAAGCUGGCUCAGCCUGAGAAGGCUGGUACGGUCAGCACCCUAUCCCUCCAGCCAGGCCUCACCUUACAGUGUCUGUCACCUCGGGGAAUGCCGUCAGAUUACGAAUGCAUCCAUGGAUUAACCCAUUGGUGAUCUUGGAACUCUGGUGAGCUAAUCGGCUCUCAGGUGGAUUCGCCAGCCAAUGAGACCAAUUCUUUAGCACACAAGCCUUUCAGAGGGACAUGUCAUACUCAGAUCAUAACAUAGGAAAUGCAAAGAAAUCCUCCCCAGGCCGAGAAUGUAACUCAAGAGAGUGCUGGCCUAGCAUACACCAAGCCCUGGGGGGUCCAUCCUUGGCACUACAUAGGAUAGGUUUGGUGGUGCAUGCCUGCAGUCGUAGCACUUGAAAGGUAAAAGUAGGAUCACAAGUUCAAGACCGUCCUUGGCUAUAUGAGUAAGCAGAAGCCAGCUCGAGAUACAAAAGACCCUCUUAUAUUUUGUUUUAAAAGUGGUGGGAGGGAGGUAGGAUGGCUCAGCAUUUCCCACAUAAGCCUGGAGAUGUGAAUCCCUUGAACCCUCAUGUCUUAGGGUUUCUAUGGAUUGAUUUAAAAAGUCACUGGAUGUGGUGGUACAGCUUUCAAUCCCAGCACUCGGGAGGCAGAGGAAGUUUUCUGUGAAUCUGAGGCCAGCCUGGUCUACAGGAUAGCCUGGAGCAAGUCCAGGAUAGCCAGAGCUAAUGCAGAGAAACCCUGUCUCAAAAAACCAACCAACCAAAAACCCACCAAGACCACUCAGGAGGAAAGGGUUUAUUAUUUCACUUCCCCAUCACAGUCCAUCCUCCCAGAGAGGCAGGGCAGGAACCUGGCGGCCGGAGCUGGUGCAGAGGCCAUAGAGGGGUGCUGCUUCCUGGCUUGCUUGGCCUGCUUUCUUACAGCACCCAGGGGCAACACUGCCCUGUGAUCUAGGCCCUCCCGCAUUAAUCAAGAGUUCCCCAGAGAGAGCCUUGCCCACUGACCAAGCUGGUGAGGGCAUUCUCUCAAUUCUUCCCUCUUCCCAAAUGACUUGGGCUUGUGCCAGCUUGAUAUAAAAAAGUGAAAUGUACCUUUUCUUCCCACGCAACCUUUGUAAUGAUUGUUCCCUUUGGGGAUUAGGUUUUAUCCUUAGCAACUUAAGGUCUGCUUGGGCUACAUGACCCUCUAUUGAAAAUCGGAGUACGGAGAUGCACAAGCAGGCCUGAUGAUGACCCCUAUCCCAACCCCAGGGUGGAUUAGAGCCUUCUUCUGCUUCCAAGAGUUCCCCUCAGUUUUGUCUAUCCCAGCUUGGGUCACUGUUCUUCACGGUUGACCAUUCUGGGUGUCGCUGCUGUCUCCCUUGUGGCCCAGUGUGCUCAUUUUCAGUGCUGAACUAAGUAAGCUCUGCCUGUAGCCAGAAGUGUGGAACUAAGUUUGUAGAUGGUGAGAUAAACCAACGCUCACAACUCUGAACUCCCAGUCAGCCCUCAGGUAGGGACUGAUCCAGAAGAGCCUACCCAAAGUGUGGUAGCUGUGGGAGGAGUCCGGAGCACUCACCAGGAACCGGACACGACAAACCAUCGUUUUAAUGCCCUAGGCCGGAAUGAUCAGAGAGCUAGAGCUUCCUGCCUGAGGACGCACAGCCCGGAUCUUUAUUCCUGCCUUGAACUAACAGUCUGCCGUCACCUUACACCAAUGGCACAGAACAAUCACAGUUGUCCCCACCGCAUCGUCGGACAGCCGCGGUGAUUUGAAUAAGCAGGCAGCGUGAUGGAUGUCCGGGGCACUGAUUUGCCUGGCAAACACUCCCUGGGGUCCUUGGACCUGGCAGGACUGGAGCCAUGUGUGUUUCUCCUCUCCGUCCCCAGGAGCAGCCUAGGUUCUUCUCUCUCUCAAGCUUCCCUGGGGGCGACGGUGUCCUAAGUGUCUCAGCCCCUGGAGACUGCGGUUCCUUGGGAACAUGGCCCGGGGGAGGAGCCAUGAUGGCAGGCCCCACAGCAGAGGAAACUAAAGCCAGCUAAGGCUGCUCCCCAGGCUGCUCCCCGAAUUUGCAUGAAGAGAAUGAGGCUUCCAUGGGUCUCCUGACCUCACCUCGUACUGGGCUGAGGUCUGACAGGCAGCAGAUGGAGGAGGCAGCCCUGUGAGAAGCCAUCUCACCAUCCUGAAAGCAAUGCCCCGGGUCUUCCUUGUGAGGAGUCGGCGUCCACAGCCACCGAACUGGGGCCGUCUGCCGGACCAGCUCCGGGGAGACGCCUAUAUCCCAGACUGCAGCAGCCUGGCAGUGGCACCAGCGCACAGAGCUUCUGGUCUGAGAGACACGUGGGCAGGGUCCUCACAGGGAACACUGACCUCUGCUCCCAGGGGCCAGGGGACCCUUGGCUGCCCACUCUGCCCCAAGGCCUUCCCACUGCAGCGCAUGCUGACCCGGCACCUCAAAUGCCACAGCCCAGCGCGGCGCCACGUGUGCCACUGCUGUGGCAAGGGCUUCCAUGAUGCCUUCGAUCUCAAGCGCCACAUGAGGACUCACACUGGGAUCCGGCCAUUCCGCUGCGGGGCCUGCGGGAAAGCCUUCACGCAGCGCUGCUCCCUGGAGGCCCACCUGGCCAAGGUGCACGGGCAGCCGGCCAGCUACGCCUACCGGGAGCGCAGGGAGAAGCUGCACGUGUGCGAGGAGUGCGGCUUCACCAGCUCGAGGCCCGACGCCUACGCUCAGCACCGCACACUGCACCGCGCAGCCUGA